AUGCUGCUGUCCAUCAACCCCUUCAAGCCUCUCAGCAUCUACACUGAGGAUCUGAGACAGCAGUACCAGGGUAAAGAAAAGCACAGUAAUCCACCUCAUGUAUAUGCCAUAGCAGAUGCUGCCUUUUGCCAAUCUCAGAAUACCACCCAAGAGCACUGCAUCAUCAUAAGUGGACAAAGUGGAUCAGGCAAGACAGAGGCUGCAAAGCUCAUUGUCCAUUACCUGAGUUCCAUGUAUCAGGGCAGAAAUGAUAAAUUACGCCAGCCAAUGGAUGUUUUACCAGUUCUUGAGAGCUUUGGUAAUGCAAAGACCAUACUGAACAACAACUCCAGCCGAUUUGGAAAGUACCUACACAUCCACAUACGCCAUGGUGUUGUUGUCGGGACGUCUUUGUCAAAAUAUCUCCUUGAGAAAUCAAGAAUCAUCUUCCAGGCUAAGGAGGAGAGAAACUACCAUGUGUUUUAUGAACUGUUGGCCGGGAUGAAUGAGUGGGACAAGCAGAAUCUUUACCUGCAAGGAGCUGAAACGUACUUCUACCUCAACCAGGGCAGGGCUUGUGACCUACAAGGGAAGCAUGACAAGCAAGACUUCCUGCUUUUGGUCCACUGCCUGGAGACCAUUGGUUUACAUGCUGAUCAACUUGCAACCAUUUGGGCCAUUCUGUCAUCGAUCCUGCAGCUGGGCAACAUUUGCUUCAGCUCCUAUGAGAGUGAAUCGUUUGAGGUCGCCCGUAUUUUUAGUGAAGCCGAAGCUCGGAGAGUGGGAAACCUCUUGCAGGUGUCCGCCGAGGCCUUACAGACGGUCAUCACACACCGGGUGACUGAAACAAUUUAUGAUAGGAUCUACUGCCCUCUAUCUGUGGAAAGUGCCAUUGAAUCCAGAGAUGCCAUUGCCAAGAUGCUGUACUCUGUGCUGUUUGACUGGAUUCUUGAACGCAUCAAUGAGUGGUUGAUCCCCACAGAGAUGGACAGCACUGUUGGAAUUGUGGAUAUAUACGGCUUUGAGGACCUGAGUGUGAACAGUUUUGAGCAGCUGUGCAUAAACUUUGCCAACGAGCAGCUGCAACAGUUUGUGAACAAAGCUCUGGUGGCACAAGAGCAGGAGGAAUACAGCACAGAGCAGAUCCAGUGGUAUCCAAUAAUUCUGGAAGACUCUAAUGGCUGUCUGGAUCUUAUCUCAGCACGGCCGUACGGAAUCCUUCGCAUCCUGGAUGACCAGACUUGCCUUCCUCAAGCUACAGACCACACGUUCUUGCAGAAAUGUCACUAUCACCAUGGCAACAGUCCCUACUACACCAAGCCCAAAAUUCCUCUGCCAGUGUUCACAAUAUAUCACUAUGCAGGGGCUGUCACAUACCAGGUGCACAAAUUUCUAAAUAAAAAUCAUGACCAGUUUCGCCCAGAAGUAUUAGAGCUUUUUGCCCGCAGUCAUUUACAGAUAGUGUCGGGUCUCUUCCGGAAGGUUCAAGAGCGUUAUGUCCAACAGAAAGAGCUAGGAAGAGCAAGAGGUUACCGGAACCAGAUGUCAACUGUAGCUGCUCAUUUCCAGCAGUCACUUAUAGAGCUCACCACUCGUUUGGAGAGGUGUAAAACUACAUUUAUACGAUGCUUUAAGCCAAACUAUGUUAAGCUUCCAGGCAUAUUUGAUGUAGACUACAUAACCACACAGCUAAGGCAUGGAGGGAUACUGGAGACCAUUCACAUACGAAAAGAAGGAUUUCCUAUUCGCAUCCCUUUCGCUCUGUUCAUGGAGAGAUAUGGCGUAUUAUUGGCCCAGAGACCUGCACACCAGUCUUGUAAAGAGCAAGUAGUGACUUUACUGGAGACUAUAGGAGCAGAGGAAGGCCAUUACCAACUAGGACUCACUAAAGUGUUUAUGAAGGAGAGUCUGUACCAGCGGGUGGAGGAGAAAUGGAGUAGCACUCAAACAUGGGCGGCAGUCACCAUCCAGAGGAAUAUUCGCGGCUUCAUCUGCCGAAGAAACUUCCGUUUCUUUAAACAGAAGGCUAUCGUCAUCCAGUCCCACAUCAGGGGCCACCAGGCCCGGAAGUACUACAAGAAAUUGAAGCAGUCCUUCACCCAGUUUUGGGCAGCUAUGAUGAUCACCAGAAACACCAUCAAGAAACGUCAUUGGAAGGUGAGAGCUUUUAGCUCUCCCUCUAUCUGUCUCUAG